AUGACAACAACCUCAAAUACACCAGCGAGCAACGGUGGACCCAACUCAAAUAAGGGCACAGUCUACAUUACGCCACUGGUCCACUCGCUCUCGCUCGAUAUACUGGAAUUCUCGGCUCUCUCGGCACUCCUGGUAGAUGGGGAAGGCAUCAUCCAGUGGGUGGAGCCCCUGGACAGCGCACUGCCUCGGGCCGAGCGGGAGAAGGAGGUGCAUCGGGUCAUGGCGGAUCGAGGUAUAACUUCAGACCAAGUCGAGCUGGUGUGGCUGGACGACGGCUUCCUCUGCCCCGGCUUGAUCGAUACACAUACUCACGCCCCACAAUACCCUAAUCUCGGACUUGGGUCAGACCUCCAGCUUCUGGACUGGCUGGAACGGAUCACAUUCCCUACCGAAGUGAAGUUUGGGAAUCUAGAGUAUGCUCGGGAGGUAUAUGAGGAGGUCAUACGCCGGAGCUUGAACGCUGGGACAACUACAUCUUGCUACUACGCUACGAUCCAUGAGGAGUCGACCAAGCUCCUCGCGGACCUCUGUAUACAUCUUGGUCAAAGAGCAUUCGUCGGAAAAUGCAAUAUGGACCGGAACUGCCCCGCCACGUAUACCGAAGCGACCGAGUCGUCAAUAGCCAGUACUGAGGCCUUUCUCGCCCACUUCGACAAGCCUACCGUCCCGACAUAUAGCGAACCGGUCAAGCCAUCUCGCCUACCGCUCGUCCAGCCCAUCCUCACUCCCCGGUUCGCCAUCUCCUGCACCCCCUCGCUCCUUUCCUCCCUCGCAGCCCUAUCCGCUUCCCGCACGCCCUCCAUACCCAUCCAGACGCAUAUGUCGGAGAACCCGCUCGAGUGCGCCUGGGUCACGCAGAUGUUCGCCGACGAGACGGGCGCUGAGAACUGGGGAAAGACCUAUGCGGGCGUGUAUGAGCAUUAUGGGCUUCUAGGGCCGGGGACGAUCCUGGCGCACUGUGUCCAUCUGGACGAUGAGCAGCGGGAGAUCAUACGGCGGACGGGGGCAGGGGUGAGCCAUUGUCCGGGGAGCAAUAUGUUCUUGAGUUCGGGGGCGGCCAAGAUCCGGGAAUUGCUAGAUCUCGACAUCAAGGUCGGACUAGGAACAGACUGUUCUGGCGGCCCGUCGAUCGGUAUCCUCUCCGCCAUCCGGUCCGCCUCGUACAUUUCCAAAUUCAACUCCUUUCCUUCCUCCUCGGAUCUCAUUCCCUCGCCACCGCGCACUCGACCCUUAUCGACACCUAAUCUCUUUUACCUCGCCACCAUGGGCGGGGCGGCCCUGUGUCGCCUUGAAGGGAGUAUCGGGAACUUUCUACCGGGCAAAGAGUUCGAUGCGCUCUGGGUGAGACCGAGAGGUCCUGGGAUGUUCUUGCGGAAGGGGGAAGGGUUGAAGGAGAUCUUUGAGAAGUGGAUCUGGGGCGGAGAUGAUCGGGAUUUGGGGGCGGUUUGGGUAAGGGGGAAGAGAGUGGCUGGUACAGCGGGAAAAGAAACAGGUUGA